CCGAUGGGUUGCACAAGAAUCAGCUAAAUCGAGCGCCCAAGCUUCCUGAAAGCCCAGGUAUCGAGUAGUGGCUCUAGCACACAACUGUAAACCCUGUUCUCGGCAAGACUCUGGCGAUUCAGCCAUGCCAUUAGGUCAGGAAACUACAAAGCACAUGGUAUCAAAGGUGGUAGCAGCGGUAUUGGGGACAGCACUUGCAAUAUCCUACUCGCCUGGAUGGCUUCAUAUCGAGUACAGCAAGGGUGAGGUAUCUAUCGACGCUAUCUUUAUCUUUUCGGAUAUCGUCUUGUUUAUAUAUUGUACUCUGGUUCCAGGCACCUCCCAUAUUGCCCCCGGGCCAUAUGCGCUAUCAGCUGCUGGUACUGCUUGUUGCCAAUAUGCUGCUGUGCCUGUCAGUCGUCGAAUGGCUCCAUUGCUGAGUCACAUCGAGCAUUCGCCGAUCCAUCAUGGCUGUAGUGAGUAACAGCGGGCGUUUAUCUGGGGUACCAACCGGAGCCUCCUUGCCCUUGUCCUACGACGCCGAGUUCUCAAGUACUUGAGCAGGCUGAGGAGCAGCG